GAAGCUCCGUGUCCGAGCAUGAAGUCGGACCGACAUGUCUGCUGCAGAGAGGCUGAAGCUUCUCCUCUUCUUGGCCUUGUUCUUCGCCGCCGUCGGGUUUCUCUUCACGCUGCUCUCCUGCGGCACUGAGUACUGGCUGCUGGCCACCGAGUCCUGCAGCCGGGCGGAGGACCACGAUGGAGGAGACGGGAGGAGCAGCAGGGAGGUUCUUCAGGGUCCACACGGUGUGAGGAUCUUCCACGAGGGUUUGUUCUGGCGCUGUUCCUUCACGGCUCUCUCAGAUGAAUUCUCCAUUUGGGACCUUUGGAUCUCCAACCAGCCACCAUCAAAGCUCUGCCAGGCCGCCUUCCUCUUCCCGUUUCCUGUGAACGAGCCAAUGAGCUCGUGGGUAGAGCCGCACGGUUUACCCACAGAACCGUACGAACACCGCUCCGCCAUCGUCUUUAGAACCUUCUGGAGCAUCUUCCUCGUCACAGGCCUGACGGCCGUCGCCGUUGGUGGGUUCGUGGUCAUCUGUGCUGCCCCAGGAGCCAAUCACAAGCUCUAUAAAGUGGGCGGGUCCCUUCAGCUUUGUGGCGGUCUCGGUCUGCUCGCCGUCGUGGUCAUGUAUCUGAUGUGGGUCCAGGUCCUGGACACUCUGGAACAGUUCGCCCACCAUCAGAGAGUCUCCGGUUGCCCCUCGUUCCACAUGAGCGUCCAGCACGGUCCGUCCUUCCUGCUGGCUCCGGUCGCCGUCUUCUUUUGCCUGCUGGCCGGCCUGCUCUUCAUCAUGGUCGGACGGAGUAUUGAGAGGAUACAGCCGGAUAAAAGAGAGAAACUUCCAGAAGUCCCAGCCUCUGAUUGUCUGUGAUUCCCUCUGAAAUCUGGAGGAUUAUAUCAGGAUGGUCAGAGAUGAUCGUGUUGUUUUUCUGGUGGACCUAUAAACUGAAUAUCAUCAUAUUAAACGUCAUUUGUUCUUAUUUCUUUUGUGUUUCGUUUAUUCAGACGUGAAGUGUUUGACUGCAAAAAUCCAAAAUAAGUCCAGACAAGUCCGAUGUCGGAGCUGAAAACUGAAGAACUGCAGUUCCUCUAACGUCCACCUGAGGCUGGCUCCA